AAGGUGAAUAGGUGAGACUGUAAAUAUUCAUGACGCCUUGCGUAAAACUCCUCCGCUCUCGCCGUCCCCUCACAUUCAUUUGGUAGAAACCCAUUUGCCUAUAUAUCUAUAAAGAGACAAGGCAGAGGGGAAAAAACUAAGCUUUCGAAUCUUGUCUUAAUUACUUGUUUUUGGAGUAUUAGUGUGUCUUGUCUUCUAUUCUUUAUCACCCCACCUUUCAACUCUGGGAGAGAAAGGGGGAGAGAGAGGGGGAGGGAGAGAGAUCUGGAUCUUUAGUGUUUUAAGGGUCUUGCUGCUGCUGCUUCUUCUUCACUUGAGGAGGUGGGGUUAGAGUGAAGAAGAUAAGAGAGUGAAAUGGAGGGGGAGAAGAAGCCUGCAGUGUCUGAUGUGGGAGCCUGGGCUAUGAACAUCAUUAGUUCUGUUGGAAUUAUUAUGGCCAACAAGCAACUCAUGUCUUCUGGUGGCUAUGGCUUCACCUUUGCAACAACAUUAACUGGCUGCCACUUCUUGGUAACUGCACUUGUUGGAGCUGUGUCAAAUGCUUCGGGUCUCUCUGCCUCGAAACAUGUUCCUCUGUGGGAACUACUCUGGUUUUCAGUUGUUGCGAACAUGUCUAUCACCGGCAUGAACUUUAGUCUUAUGCUAAACUCCGUUGGAUUUUACCAAAUCUCAAAACUGAGUAUGAUACCUGUAGUCUGCAUUAUGGAAUGGAUUCUUCAUAAUAAGAGUUACAGAAGGGAGGUCAAAUUGGCAGUUGUGGUGGUGGUUAUAGGCGUGGGCGUCUGCACAGUAACUGAUGUCAAAGUCAAUGCCAAAGGUUUCAUAUGUGCUUGUGUAGCAGUCCUGUCAACAUCAUUGCAACAAAUUUCUAUAGGUUCUCUCCAAAAGAAGUACUCAAUUGGAUCAUUCGAAUUGUUAAGCAAGACAGCUCCAAUUCAGGCCAUCUCUCUCCUAGUCUUUGGUCCCUUUGUUGACUACUCUCUCAGUGGAAAUUCUAUACUGAAAUACUCCAUGUCUUAUGGCUUUGUUUUAUUUUUACUUCUUUCAUGCUCCCUAGCAGUCUUCUGCAAUAUCAGCCAGUAUCUCUGUAUUGGGCGCUUUUCAGCAGUCUCCUUCCAGGUUUUAGGCCACAUGAAAACAGUAUGUGUCCUGACCUUGGGCUGGGUUCUAUUUGAUUCAGCGCUGACAUUCAAGAAUAUUAUGGGGAUGAUGAUUGCCAUUGCUGGAAUGAUAAUAUAUAGUUGGGCUGUUGAGCUUGACAAACAGGCCAAUGCAAAGUUAAUGUCCCAUGUAAAACACAGUAUGACAGAAGAGGAAUUUAGACUAUUAAAGGAAGGAGUGGAUCACACACCUCUGAAGGAUACUGACGUAGAGGAUUCAAAAGUGUAAGUUAAAGUUCAUACCAGCAGUCGGAAACAUGCUGUUUGUGCCAUAUUUAUCCAUCUGUUUGUAGUUUUUUUGCCUCCAUUGUAUCUCACAUACCUCAUCUAAAGCAUAGAAAUACAUUCACCUGUAAAACACCAGUUCCUUAUUUAUUCAAUUUUUGUUGUGAAUUCGAAAGAACAGUUCUUCUAUAGUGGAUUUUGGCAGGAUCUAUGUAACUUAAAUAUAUUACUGGAAUUUUAGUCUAUUCAAAAUUUCUACUGUUUUCUGCUGUAGGGUCA